AUGUGGUUUUCACUGGAUGGGAAGGGAGGCUGUAAAAGCAUCUGCAAGAGCCUGAAUGUUGCUGCAACUCGGCAGUCCUGGCUCGGGGAGGCCUUUGGGGAGCCCCUGGCAUUAAAAACCUGUGUGGGGGCUGCUGUUCAUUUCCCAAAUGAUGGAGCAGGCCUCCCACAGAGGCUUCGAGCCUGCAGUGCCUUCGUGCGACUCAAGAAGCCACAGCCACCUCCAGAGUUGCAGUGUUUCCAGCAGGUUUCUCUGUUGUCUUCCUAUGAAGUUAUAAUCCCGCAGAGGUUAGGAAGAGAACGGCGAGAGGCUUCCAAUGUCUCCUCAGUACAGGACAAGGUGUCUUAUGCUAUUGAGAUAGAAGGAAAAGAAUACACAAUUCAUCUAGAAAAAAACAAAGAACUACUGCCCAAAGAUUUCACAGUUUAUACCUAUAACAAAGAGGGAAAGUUGCAAUCUGAACAUCCAGAUGUCCAGGAUCACUGCCAUUAUCAGGGAUAUGUGGAGGGGACCCUGGAUUCUGUGGUUGCUGUCAGCACUUGCUCGGGGCUCAGAGGUUUGGUGACAAUAGGGAACAUCACCUAUGGGAUUGAGCCCAUGGAUUCCUCCUCUGGCUCUAAACACAUUUUAUAUCGAUUGGAUUAUGUGAAGAAAGAGCCCACAAUGUGUGGAGUAACCGCUGAAGAUCAUGAAAGGGAACAUACAGAGGAAAAUCACCAUCCCAGUAUGACCCAGUUGCUGCGAAGAAAGAGAGCGGUCCUACAUCAAACAAGAUAUGUGGAGCUGUUCAUAGUUGUGGAUAAAGAAAAGUUUGAAGAUUUUGGGAAGAGUGAAACAGAAGUAAGAGAACACAUGGUGCAACUGGCAAACUUCCUUGACAGUAUGUACAUCAUGUUGAACAUCCGCAUUGUGCUGGUUGGUCUAGAGAUUUGGAAGUAUGAAAACAUAAUUAGCACAGAUGGAGGUGCUGGUGAUGUGCUGGCAAAUUUUGUACAGUGGCGAGAGAAGAAUCUUGUUUUGCGCCGGAGACAUGACAGUGCCCAGUUUGUUCUGAAGAAGGGGUUUGGUGGCACAGCUGGAAUGGCCUAUGUUGGAACAGUGUGCUCCAAGAGCCACGCAGGAGGCAUUAAUGUGUUUGGAAGAAUCAGUAUACAGAUGUUUGCAUCAAUUAUGGCUCAUGAACUGGGACAUAACCUGGGGAUGAACCAUGAUGAUGAACGUGUCUGUCACUGCGGAGCAAGCAGUUGCAUUAUGAACUCUGGAGCAUCGGGAUCGAGGAACUUCAGCAGCUGCAGUGCAGAAGACUUUGAGAAGCUCACUCUCAACAAAGGUGGAAGUUGCCUGCUCAACGUUCCCAAGCCUGAUGAAACCUAUAGUGUCCCAUACUGUGGGAACAAGCUGGUAGAUGCUGGGGAGGAGUGUGACUGUGGUUCACCAAAGGAAUGUGAAAGCGAUCCUUGCUGUGAACCAGGUACUUGCAGACUCCGAUCCGGUGCUGAAUGUGCUUAUGGUGACUGCUGUAAAAACUGCCAGCUCCUUCCUGGAGGAACCGAGUGUCGGGCGAGUAACAACGAGUGUGACCUUCCAGAGUACUGCAACGGCACAUCCCAGUUCUGCCAGCCGGACUUCACCGUUCAGAACGGUCACCCGUGCCACAACGAGGAAGCCUACUGUUACAAUGGCAUUUGCCAGUACUACGAUGCGCAGUGUCAGGAUAUCUUUGGCUCAAAAGCCAAAGCAGCCCCCAACAUUUGUUUUGCUGAAGUGAAUUCCAAGGGUGACAGAUUUGGCAACUGUGGUUUCCAUGGCCAUGACUACAAGAAAUGUUCCAGCUGGAAUGCCAUGUGUGGGAAGCUGCAAUGUGAAAAUGUGAAAACUAUGCCUGUUUUUGGGAUUAAGCCUGCUAUUAUCCAAACUCCCAUUAGAGACACCACAUGCUGGGGUGUAGAUUUCCAGCUAGGUUCUGAUGUCCCAGACCCGGGAAUGGUGAAUGAAGGCACCAAAUGUGAUAAUGGAAAGAUCUGCAGGCACUUCCAGUGUGUGAGUGCCUCUGUUCUGAACUAUGACUGUGAUGUGGAGAGGCAGUGUCAUGGACAUGGGGUGUGCAAUAACAACAGGAACUGUCACUGUGAAGCAGGCUGGGCCCCUCCUUACUGUGACACUAAAGGCUAUGGAGGAAGUCUGGACAGUGGACCUCCUUAUAAUGACAAAGACACUUCGCUGAGAAAUGGGCUGCUGGUAUUUUUUUUCCUGGUCCUUGUACUCCUUAUAGCUGCUGGUCUGGCAUUUGCAAAAAGAGACAGACUGAAGCGAUGCUGUCGAAGAUUAAUGUCACGCUGCCAUUCGUCACUUCAGUCACCACCUCCUAGGACAGAAACCGAACCGAGAGACUACCACCACAGAGGCUUUUCACAUGGCAUGCCUUAUGCUCCGAGAGGUGCACCCAUGGAUAUGGAACCAAAUACCUUUCCUGUUCCAUCUUACCCAGUUAACCAGCAUCCUCAGCAGGCUUACCACCACUCUUACUACCCAUCUCCGCAAUACCAAUCACCACAGCCACAGAAGCUGCCAACAAGGCCACCGCCUCCGCAACAGAAAUGUGUACCUCAGGGACCUCCUCCAUCACAGCAAAAACGUUUACCUCAGGGACAGUAUUUUCCUUCUCGACCGGCACCUUUGCCUCCCAAAUAGCUUUUUGGCUUCUUUGGGGCCUUCACCUGAGCUGACCUGUUCGCUGCAUCAGAGCUGAAAUUGCAGUUGCCCUUCUUGCAUUGAGUGGCCCAUGGUAGUCCCAGAAAGCCUUCCUUCCACAGCCUGGGAUAAGGCAAAUGAGAUAUUGAAACAAGGAAUGUAAAACUUUAAACUAAAUACCUCUACCAAAGCUACAGGAACUGAAAACAUCUAACCCGUUCUUAGAUCUGUCUGAGUAUUGUGGCUUUGCAAACGGCAGCAGGGCUGUCCAGCUGGAAGUGGAGCAGCCUGCAGUUUAAAUCAUCUUUAAAGUACAGCACUUGGGAGUUGUUUUUGGUUCCCCAUUUCUGCAGUGAGCCCUAAUAAUGAAAUUGUCUGAUUUGUUGUCGUCUUUCUAAAUGUACAGUGAAGAAUUGAAGUAACCCAUACCAUUUUCAAAAUAAGGAAAUCUGGCCAAUUGAUUUUAAAUUAUUUUGCAUGGACUGGAAAAUGUUAUCCAUUUACACAUUAAUGGCACAAGUGAAAUAAGGUAUCAGUGUACUUUUUCAGAGGAAGAUAAAUAUAUUGUAAACAUGUUUAUGCAUGUAUAUAUGUUUAUUGAUGUGUAAUAA